UUGCAGCCUCGGCCCUUCGUCCCAGUGGAAACUCCAGUCUUGUGGUUACAACUUGUAGACCAGCCCAGAAUAGACCAAACAUGUGUGACGACGACGAGACCACCGCCCUGGUGUGCGACAACGGCUCUGGCCUGGUCAAGGCUGGGUUUGCUGGUGAUGACGCUCCCCGUGCUGUCUUCCCAUCCAUUGUUGGACGCCCCCGUCACCAGGGUGUGAUGGUGGGUAUGGGUCAGAAGGACAGCUAUGUGGGAGACGAGGCCCAGAGCAAGAGGGGUAUCCUGACUCUGAAGUACCCCAUCGAGCACGGCAUCAUUACCAACUGGGACGACAUGGAGAAGAUCUGGCACCAUACCUUCUACAAUGAGCUUCGUGUGGCCCCAGAAGAGCACCCCACCCUGCUUACUGAGGCCCCCCUCAACCCCAAGGCCAACAGGGAGAAGAUGACCCAGAUCAUGUUUGAGACCUUCAACGUCCCUGCCAUGUAUGUGGCCAUUCAGGCCGUGCUGUCCCUGUACGCCUCUGGUCGUACCACCGGUAUUGUGCUGGACUCUGGGGAUGGUGUGACCCACAACGUGCCCAUCUAUGAGGGUUACGCUCUGCCCCACGCCAUCAUGCGUCUGGAUCUGGCCGGUCGCGACCUGACUGACUACCUGAUGAAGAUCCUGACAGAGCGUGGCUACUCAUUCGUCACCACAGCUGAGCGUGAGAUCGUGCGUGACAUCAAGGAGAAGCUGUGCUACGUUGCCUUGGACUUCGAGAAUGAGAUGGCCACCGCCGCCUCCUCCUCUUCCCUGGAGAAGAGCUACGAGCUGCCCGACGGUCAGGUCAUCACCAUCGGCAACGAGCGUUUCCGCUGCCCGGAGACCCUGUUCCAGCCCUCCUUCAUCGGUAUGGAGUCUGCUGGAAUCCAUGAGACUGCAUACAACAGCAUCAUGAAGUGUGACAUUGACAUCCGUAAGGACCUGUACGCCAACAACGUGCUAUCUGGUGGAACCACCAUGUACCCGGGUAUUGCUGACCGAAUGCAGAAGGAGAUCACCGCCCUGGCCCCAAGCACAAUGAAGAUCAAGAUCAUCGCUCCCCCUGAGAGGAAAUACUCCGUCUGGAUCGGCGGCUCCAUCCUGGCCUCCCUGUCCACCUUCCAGCAGAUGUGGAUCAGCAAGCAGGAGUACGAUGAGGCUGGCCCCUCCAUCGUCCACAGGAAGUGCUUCUAAAUUUCCAAACCGGCACCAAAAAA